CAAGUUUCCACUCAACUCGAGUAACACCUCCCCAGUCGAGAGCGCUUCCGACGGGAUCCCUUCAACGGACGUGAAGAAAGAUGGUCUUUGCAUGGGACUGGACUCAACGCGUCCUUGUGUCCGACAAGAUCGUGUACGUGGAAUGGCGGCAUGAACCUUCCACAACUUGGUUCUACGCGCGAGGACUGACUUCGUUCGACCUUGACGGGCACCUUCUCGACACGUCCACCCUGCGGCUUUGUCAGGUUAUAGAAUCACAUGUACAUCUGCUACGGCCAGGACAUCAGCUCUGCGUGUCUGUACGCACAUCCACAGACUCCAGCGUUCGCACCCGAGCCGUGUGCGUCCUGGCCUGCUACAACCUCCUCCACCAUCACACAUUGUCUGUUACAGACGCUUGGAUACCGUUUGACUCGUUGCACAUCGUUCCAUUCUUCGACAGGUUGUCGUGUCUGCAUGUCCUCGACUGCGUCCGCGGCGUCGACAAAGCCCGCGCCUGCGGGUUCAUACCCCCCGACCACCACCACGUCGACGCGCCUCCAUUCACAUGGCUGAGUAAGAAGGUCCUCACGUUUCCAAGUCCAUCGUGCACAUUGGACACGUUCAUGCCGUACUUCCACGCGCACAAUGUCACUUUGAUCCUGGCGCUGCAUCCCCCCGUCUACUGCUUCGACACGCUCGACAUCGAGUACAUGGACCUCAUCUGCCCUGACGACAUGCAUUCCGACGACAUCAUGCUCGGGCGCAUCUUAGACGCGAUCGAAAGCACCCCCGGGGUCGUGGCAGUGCACGGUCUCCACCGCAUACGGACGUUCCUUGGCGGGUACCUCAUGCGGACCCACGGGUUCUCCGCCGCGGAAGCGGCCGGCUGGCUCCAUGCGACCCAUCCUUACGACGUCGACGGAGACCAACUGUUUCCGCACAUGCUGAGAAGGUGGCAUGCCGUCCUCGACACCUCCACAGACACUAGACGAGAUGCCGACGCGCGGCCGCGCUCCAGUAGCUCGUUGAAGAUCAACAUCGGAGGCAUCAGCUUCGGGUCGUCGCUCCUCCUAGGCAGCUCCACGACCAAGUCCCAGGAUAAGAGUACACUGUCUAAGAAGAAGAAUGUUCCACCGCAGCUGGUCAAGACCUCGAGUCGGUCGAAUGACGUGGCAGAGUGUGGUGGCAGUACCAGUCGUGGUCAUAGUCGGGAGCGAAGCCUCAAGACCGCAACUCCAGUGCAAUCGUAGU